CGUGUGCGACCCACGAUCUUUUGUUGACUUAAAAAAACAGUGCCUUCUUUGUUCUUGUUUGUUGGUUGCUUAUAAAUUCCGGACAUAGUAAAAGUUAAACCAUCACAAUUCACAACACAUCCCUCAAGCAAAGCAACCAUGUCAAAUUCCAAUACCCACAUUCUGGUAUUCCCAUACCCAGCACAGGGCCACAUGCUUUCGCUUCUCGAUCUCACUCACCAACUCGCCCUUCAAAACACAUUCAACAUAACCAUCAUCGUCACUCCCAAAAACCUCCCAAUUCUAAACCCACUCUUAUCAACCCACCCAAACACCAUCCAAACACUCAUUCUCCCCUUACCUUCACACCCCAAAAUCCCCCCCGGUGUAGAAAACAUCCGCGACAUCGGUAACGCCGGAAACUACUCUUUCAUCAAUGCUCUUUCCGGUCUCCAUAACCCAAUUAUCCAUUGGUUUAACAACCACCCUAAUCCCCCUCAAGCUCUCAUCUCCGAUUUCUUUCUUGGCUGGACUCAACAACUCGCGGUUCAACUCAGUAUUCCAAGAGUCGCUUUUUACUCUCUUAGUGCUUUCUCGAUAUCUGUCAUGAACUGCGGUUGGAGUAACCCCCAGCUCUUAAAGUCCAACGAGGUUGUUCAGUUCUCAGAGUUACCCGGAGCACCAUCGUUUAAGUAUGAACACCUUCAUAGUAUACUCCUUCGUUACAGAGAAUCGGACCCUGAAUCUGAGUUCGUCAGGGAGAGUUUCAUUUCCAACUCUGCAAGCUGGGGAUUUGUUCUGAACACUUUUGAAGGUUUGGAUGGUGCUUAUUUGGAUCAUUUUCGUGCUCGAUUUGGUAAGAGUAGAGUUUACGCUGUUGGGCCAUUGGAUUCUAUUCGGGUUGAUGCAAAUCUUGAUGGUGGAUCUGAGGUGUUACGGUGGCUUGAUCAGGUUGAGGAGGAUGGUUCGGUGCUGUACGUUUGUUUUGGGAGUCAGAAGUUUCUGAAAAGGGAACAAAUGGAGGCAUUGGCGUUCGGGUUGGAGAGAUCCAGGACCCGAUUCGUUUGGGUUGUGAAGGCGCCAUCGGCGGUGGAGCAAAUAGAGGAAGGUUAUGGAUUGGUGCCGGACGGGUUUGAGGAACGAGUUUCGGGUCGGGGGAUUGUGGUGAGGGGUUGGGCUCCGCAGAUGGCUAUAUUGGGUCAUCGGGUUGUUGGUGGGUUUUUGAGUCAUUGCGGGUGGAAUUCGGCAUUGGAAGCGGCGGUGACGGGGGUUGGGAUUCUUGGAUGGCCAAUGGAGGCUGAUCACUUUGUGGUUGCAAAGCUGUUGGUGGAGGAUUUGGGAGUGGCAGUGAGAGUUUGUGAGGGGGCGGAUUGGGUACCCGACCCGGAUGAGUUGGGUCGGGUGAUAUCAGGGGUUAUGAGUGAGGAUAGUCCUCAAAAGAGAAAAGCUAAGUUAAUGAAAGAGGAAGCAAUUGGUUCUGUGAGUAAAGAUGGUGUUUCAUCAAUAGUGUUGGCUCAAUUUGUCCAAGCCUUGAAACAACUUGGUUUUAAAGAAGGAUCGUAGUCCAUAUGUGAUGAUGACCCUACAGUUCUGCCAUAUUUUUCGGGAUUUUUCAUAAGUUCAGUAAUUGUUUCGGAGGCUGGCCGUGUGGUUGGGUUGUAUUUUAAUCUGCGCGGGGAUGUUUCAGCACUCCGAUCUGAAUGGUGCAUCAAGUGUUAUGUACAACGGGGGAGUUAUGUUAGCUGGAUUAAGGUCGCAAUUCUUUCGUCUAGUUUAUUUUUUAUCAAGUUCGUCCAGUUUAUUUUUGAUCGAGUUCUACAGGAGGUUAAUGGAGCGGUUGUAGUUAGAUGGAAAUUGUUGUGGUGUCUGGUGUUCUUGUUUUUGGGGUAUACUGCUUUUGAAUAUGUUUUAUUUAGGUGUCCCAUUGGUAGCUAAAUCAUGUAUGGAAUGUCAUAGCAUAUGUAUUAGGCUUCUGGUGUAUUAUUUUAAUAUGGCUGGACAUUGGUCUUUAGGGGAUUUCAUUCAAAGUAGAAUUUGGAGAAAACGUGAAAGAAGAGAGAGCUAGGGCAAGGGGAGGAGAAGAUCAACAGUAGGAAUUCAAAAAGGGAAUAAGUUUGGAUAACAAUCUAAGGUAAGGGGGGUUAUCAUGAUUAUUAUGUUUGGUUUAAGGGAUUGAUACUGUAUGUUGAUUUUGGGGAUUUUAUGAGGAAUUGAUGAUCUUGAUGAAAUACCUUGUUGAUUGUUCGAAUUAUGUUGUUUAUGUGUUGUAUGAUGCUGUUAAUUAAUGAAUUGGUGAAUGAUUAUAUGAA